AUGGCGUAUCAAAAUAGUUCGCUCAACGGCAAUAUCACUAGUAACAGCGAUACUACCUCAUCGACUGGGGAAGCCGUUGCCUUCAAAGUAAUAAAAGUACUCUGUUACUCUGUAAUUAUGUUGAUGUCGCUAGUUGGUAACACGCUGGUCAUAACCAUUAUCUAUCGAAACAAGAGAAUGCGCUCUACGACGAACAAUCUGAUAGCUAAUAUGGCCAUCAGUGAUUUGCUGUUCCCGUUAUUUGCUCUUCCACGCGAAACCGCCAAAGUUUUCGUCGGUACGCUGAGGUGGCUUGUAGAUGGAGUCGUUGGAGACAUUUUGUGUAAAAUUGUCCCGUUUUCGCAAGACAUUUCAACUGCCGUGUCCAUCCUAAGCCUUGUUGUUAUAGCAUUUGAUAGAUUUUAUGCGGUGAAGUUUCCGUUCAAACCAGCUAUUAUAACGCCCAAGAUGUGCCGGGUCAUCAUUUCAUUUAUCUGGGCGGUAGCAACGAGCAUCCAUUCUCCUUACUUUUAUACCUUCAGACUGGCCAUAAACAACAAUAUCACAUACUGUAUAUACGCUUGGGAGCCAGCAUUCGAUACCAUCUCAACCCAGAAGGUUUACUUUUUAAUUAUCUUCAACGUGCUAAUCCUAUUUCCAAUCUUUGUAAUUACAAUACUGUACACAGCCAUUGCUGUUGAGAUCUGGAAGCAGAAGGGACCGGUUGAGCGAUCCUGCCAUGAACGACAAAGACGCGAGGUUGAAAACAGAAAAGUCCUCAAACAGGUUGUGACGGUAGUUGUCGUUUUCAUAUCGUGCAUCACACCAAUCACGAUUUUCAGUUGUCUCUUACAUUUUGUCUGGAAUCUACAGCCACCGCGAGAAAUCGAGGUUGACUUCAGAUUUUGUGCUCAGUUUAUCAUUCAUUCAAACGCAGCAAUAAACCCUUGUAUAUAUUUUGUUUUUAACAAGAAUUAUCGGAAAGGCUUGAAAGAAUUAUUCGAAUGCUGCGUUCAAAUUUUUAGCCGUUUUCCAAAAUCAGAUCAACACAAUAUUUCUACCCACUCUAAUGUUGACACAAAAAUAGAACGUGUUUCAAAGCAAAGGACACCUCGCGGUCAAUAUGUUUAA